AUGACAAGCCCUGCAUGUAUCAAAGAUGUACAACGGCUCACCGGGAAGCUCACGGCUUUGUCUCGGUCCCUCGGAGCCUCGGCUGAAAGGGCCAUCCCAUUCUUCAACAUAAUGAAGAAAGGAAUCACCUUUGAGUGGACCCAGGAGUGUGAAGAAGCAUUCAACCACUUUAAGAAGAUACUGUCGGAGCCUCCCAAAACUCGAUCGUCAAUACUUUAUCAGCAAAAUACUUCAAGGGGCAGAGACGAGGUAUACCAAAUUGGAAAAGCUAGCCUACGCCCUACUAAUUUCAUCAAGAAGGCUAAAACAAUACUUCCAAGGGCAUACAAUCAUUCUGAGAACCGACCAAGCCAUCUGACAAGUCCUCCAAAAACCCGACCUAGCGGGAAGAAUGAUGGCAUGGGCAGUGGAGCUAUCCCAAUUUGA